GCAGGCGACGCCCAUCGGGCCUCGGCGUCAUCGGAGGCUCGGGCAGCGUCGAUAAACAAAGCGUAGAAGAAGACGCGAAGGCGGCACUGAGGAGAUCCGAAGAAUGUCUGCGCCCAAAAGCGUCCCCAAAGAUGCCCAGGUGAUGAUGCAGAUCCUGAAGGACAUGGGGGUCUCGGAGUACGAGCCCCGCGUCAUCAACCAGAUGUUGGAGUUCACCUACAGGUACGUGACGACCAUUAUUGAGGACGCCAAGAUUUACGCCACACACGCCAAGAAGUCCAGCGUGGACGCAGACGACAUCAAGCUGGCCAUCCAGUGCCGGAUGGACCAGUCUUUCACGUCGCCGCCGCCUCGAGAUUUCCUGCUGGAAGUGGCCAGGCAGAAGAACCAGACUCCGCUCCCUCUCAUCAAACCGUACACGGGGCCCCGACUGCCCCCGGACCGCUACUGUCUGACCGCCCCCAACUACCGACUCAAGUUCCUCCCCAAGAAGGUGACGCCGUCGGCCGGAAGGAUCUCAACACCUCGACUGAGCGUCAACGCCAUCGCCAGCAGACCUACCACGCCCACGCUCGGUCUAGGUGGAGCACCAAAGGGAUUGCUGGAGCGCACUGACCGGACCGUCUACACAGGAAACGCCACCGUUCAGUCGGUCGGCGCCAAGGUCGGACCCCCGGUGUCGCUGACGGGUCAGAGGUUCACCGUGCAGAUCCCCCCUCCCUCACAGAGCAGCGCCAGCAAAAGCACCACGCUCACCACGCCCGCCACCUCCAACGUGCUCAUCAACCCGUCUCUGAUUGGCUCCAAGAACAUCCUCAUCACCACCAACAUGGCUGCACAGAACGCCGGCGUGGAGACGCUGAAGAGGAAGCACGAAGACGACGACGACUGACGGUUUGUGACCCUCCCCCACACACCCACCAAAUGAGAAUCCACUUGCUGUCGGCAGCAGACCACACGAGCACGCUUGUUCAUUUCACCUUUAAUCAUAAAAACAAAGUGAAAUAAAAAAAAAAACAAUGAAAUGAUUACAAGCGUGGAAAGCAUCAAAGCAAUCUUCCUGUUGGCAAAGUUAGCUCACAUGCACGACCAAACGAGUCACGACGACCACGACGAUUCACAGCACUGCUCGGGGGGGGGGAAAAAGCAAACAUGCUCCGCCUCUUUCCUUCCGCCACAGGAGCGCGAGAACAUGUUCCGUCAUGCGUCUUGUCUCGGGUCGGCGGCGAGGUGACGCUGGUGGCUUCAAAAUAAGACAUCAAUGGAACAAGUUCAUGUUUUUCCUUCUGGUGGGGGCAGGGGGGUUAAUUGGCAUUUAUUAACAGUGAAGAAGGCACCGCUCGCCGCCGACUGACAGGAAGUGAAGGAGGGUUAGAAGGACACCUUUAGCAGCGACACCACUUCCCGUGUGAGCACUAAUGUGAAAAUAAUGCUGGAAUGUUGCCGCUGCGCUGUCCCCCUGCAGUCUACUAACCGUCGCCCCAGGACGCCAUCGACAUUCAAAGGAUUUCAAAAUAAAAGAGCAACAGAU